AUGGUGUCGUUUGCUUAUAUCGGUAUGCGACAAGCACCCUGGACCCUGCUAGUUCUCAUCUUCUUCAUCGAGAGCGUGAUGGGUAACUACGCGAAAUCCUUCUACAUACACUGGAACACGACAAAUAGUAUAUUCAGAAUAGACAAUACCGAUCACGUAUUCGACCUCAACAAAGGUAACGCACAGUUCGAAUACGACCAAGUAAACAUUAUAUGUCCAGUCUACGCUCCCGGAACCUUCGAGGAGGAUACGGAAAAGUACAUAAUAUACAAUGUAAGCAAAGAAGAAUACGAUACGUGUAGGAUAACCAAUCCGAACCCGCGCAUCAUAGCCAUAUGCGACAAGCCGCACAAAUUGAUGUUUUUCACCAUUACCUUCAGACCGUUCACGCCUCAGCCCGGCGGGUUGGAGUUUCUGCCGGGCAAAGACUAUUACUUCAUAUCUACGUCCAGUAAAGACGACUUGCACAGACGCAUCGGCGGCCGUUGUCUCAGUCACAACAUGAAGCUGGUCUUCCGGGUCUGCUGCAAACCGGAAGACCAGCCGCCCGCACCACCUCCGCAGCUCACACCUCAGCCACAAACGCCGCCCCCAACCACUCAGCCGACUACCACCACAACCACAACCAUCAAGCCGGUCACCAAGAAAACGCACAAGUACGAUAAGACACCUAACGAGGUUGUGAAGAGCGAGGAGCUGUCGUACUCGCGCGGGGCGGCCCUCGCCUCGUCCCUCGCUCUGGCCCUGGCCGCGAGCGCCGUCCUAGCGCCCCUGGCUCGGUGAAUGUGCGCUAAAGCGGCGCGGCCACCGCGACC